ACUACUAACGACCAUUGUAGCAUAGAAGUCCGGAAAAAGAAAGAAAGCUGUAGUGGAGAAGGGAAGCUAGGGCUUGCAGGCAGGCAACAAUGGCGGAUGGUGAAGAAGUGGGCAACACGCAAGUGAUUUUCAGAGGCUAUGUCUCUGGUUUUCCCAAUGAAUCGGACUUGUACUUGGCUAACUCUAGAAUAAGCCUCAAGGUUCCAGAAGGUUCCAAGGCCGUGGUAGUGAAGAACCUCUACUUGUCCUGCGAUCCCUACAUGCGCCUCCGUAUGAGCUGCGACGCCAACUAUUUCCAGCCCUUCAAGCCCGGCUCGGUUAUGACUGGAAAUGGAGUGGCUAAAGUUAUGGACUCUGGGCAUCCAAGCUUCAGCAAAGGUGACUUGGUUUGGGGAAUUACCAGAUGGGAAGAGUAUACUCUCGUAACAGCAACAGAGUCUCUGUUUGAAAUUCCGGACACUGAUGUCCCCCUUUCAUACUAUAUUGGAAUUCUUGGUGUGCCUGGUUUGACUGCUUAUGUUGGUUUUUAUGAGCUUUGCACUCCUAAGAAAGGGGAGUAUGUCUAUGUUUCAUCUGCAUCAGGAGCAGUGGGUCAGCUUGUUGGGCAGUUUGCAAAGUUGUUGGGUUGCUAUGUUGUUGGAAGUGCUGGAACAAAAGAAAAGGUUGAUUUGUUGAAAAACAAGUUUGGGUUUGAUGAAGCUUUCAACUACAAGGAAGAGCAGGAUUUGGCUACAUGCUUGAAAAGGUACUUCCCUGAAGGCAUUGAUAUUUACUUUGAGAAUGUGGGGGGAGCGAUGCUUGAUGCAGUGUUACCUAACAUGAGAGUCCAUGGUCGCAUAGCUGCCUGCGGGAUGAUUUCACAGUACAAUCUUGACAAACCUGAGGGCAUAUACAACUUGAUGAAUGUUAUCAAUAAACAGAUCAAAAUGCAGGGGUUUAUCACUCCAAGCUACUUUCACCUCUAUCCCAAAUUCCUGGAGACGAUUCUGCCUCACAUCAAAGAAGGUAAGGUUGCAUAUGUGGAAGAUGUAGCUGAAGGCCUUCAGAAUGCUCCACCGGCUCUUAUUGGGCUCUUUUCUGGGCACAAUGUCGGAAAACAGGUAAUUCAAGUUGCUAUGGAAUGAUUUGCCUGAUUUCAUUUCUUUUUGUUCUGGACUUCAUUGAAUCCUAUCUAUAGUUGUGCUCUUCUCUGGGCACAAGGUAUUUAAUACAAGCAAUAUGGUCAGAAGAGAGAUAAGGCCUUUAUAAAUGCAGACUAGGCCAACACUGUUGUUAAUAGGAGUUCUACCUCUACCUCAAGAUGUUGUACCUUUGUUGGUGGUAAUCUUAUACUUUGAGAAGUUAAAAAACUAUUUGUAGUAGCAAAGUCAAGUGUUUUAGAGCACUGGUGUAAUGGCCCAUAGAAUCUGUGUAA